AUGAAGGCACUUGUUUAUAAAGGUCCUGGUCAGUGUGGUCUGGAGGAUCGUCCUGUCCCUAAGAUUCAGGAAGCAUCCGAUGCCAUCGUGAAAGUCGUCUAUACAACAAUCUGUGGGACAGACACGCACAUCCUGAAGGGGGACGUGCCCACGUGCACGCCUGGUCGCGUCUUAGGACAUGAAGGUGUUGGCGUCGUCGAGGAGCCAGGUCCAGGAGUUUCUCGAUUCAAGAAGGGUGAUCGAGUCCUCAUCAACUGCAUUUCCAGCUGUGCAACCUGCAACUACUGCCGGAGAGGCAUGCCCAGCCACUGCGUUAGUGCAGGAUGGAUUCUCGGCAACACGAUCGAUGGAACUCAGGCCGAAUAUGUUCGCAUCCCCUUCGCCGACAGCGGUCUGCACCACGUGCCCAAGGGUGUUGACGAAAAGGCACUUGUCAUGCUCUCCGACAUCUUUCCCACGGGACUCGAAUGCGGGGUGCAGAAUGGCAAAGUACAGCCCGGGUCGACUGUCGCCAUCGUUGGCGCGGGUCCCGUGGGUCUUGCGGCGCUGAUGACCUCCCGACUCUACUCACCAAGUCUGAUCAUCAUGAUCGACCGGGACCCCAACCGUCUCAAGGUCGCAAAGUACUUUGGGGCCCAUCACACCGUGAACAGCGCCGAGGCCUCGCCCCUGGAAGCCGUCAUGAAGCUCACCGACAACAUUGGCUGCGACACCGUCAUGGAAGCCGUCGGCGUGCCCGAGACCCUGGAGAUGGCCCAGGACCUCGUCGCGCCGGGCGGCGUCAUCGCCAACGUCGGCGUGCACGGCAAGAGCUGCGAGCUCAAGAUCGAGAAGCUGUGGGUCCACAACAUCUCGCUGACCACGAGGCUGGUCGACACCGUCACUACGCCCAUGUUGCUCAAGCUCUUCGCCGCGGGCAGCAUCGACCCGGGACAGCUGAUCACGCACGAAUUCGCCUUUUCGGACAUGGACAAGGCCUACACCACGUUCAAAGCGGCCGCUGAGCACGACGCCUUGAAGAUGCUGAUCACGGUGUAA